GCGGCGCCCUGUCGUCGCUGGCCGGCGCCGACGACGCGCUGUACUUGGAGCACCGGCGCGGGCCCGCCAACAAGCACCCGCUCUUCAAGAAAUUUCGCUGCUAGGCGCCCGGCAACCGGCACACGUGACUUCAUAAGGUUACAUGACUAGUAAAACGGAGAACGAGAACGGUGUGCCGGAGUGGGCAAUAGUAGAAUUGCAAGGGUUGAUCCAAAUGAAGGAAUCUUCGGGCGGCGCUGCGCUAGUGGGCGACCUGAGCUUCACGGCGCGCAGCCGCCAGCCGUCGCUCGUCUUGGGCCACCACGUGCUGGCCGGCAAGGAGGUCAAGCUCGACCAACCCAUGGCCGUCAUCGAAAAGGUCACCGAUGACCACACCACCCGGUAUCGCGUCCGGGCCGUCGUUAAAAAGAAGCUGCUGUUCAAAUCGAGACCGAAACCAAUUAUUUCUAAUGUCGCCGAAAAAAUAUGAUUAAUUAAAAUUGUGUACAGAA